UGGAAAAUGCAAAUAAAAGUGACUGUUACUCUGAACAAGAUAUGUAUAAUGAGUUGGUCAAAUUAGCUGAUAAAGGAGAAUUAGAUAGAUAUAAAAUUCCAAAAGUACAAACAAUUAAAGGAUGGAUAAGCAGAUAUUCUAGGCAGGUGAAAAAAGAGGCGGCUGAAAAGGCUUCAGAAAACCAUGAAGAAGUUUCUGAAAGUAAUAAAAGACUGAAAAUGUAA